CUCUCAGCAGCCCUCGAAGUGCAUUUGUCCCCUCACCUGUCUCAUCCCCAUCUCCCCUCAACCAAGUCUCUAUACAAAAAAGAGAGAAAAGGGGGAAAAAAAGCGAACCCACCAAUUUUUUUUUCCCAUCAUGUCUUCUCCUAGCAAGCGUCGUGAGAUGGAUUUGAUGAAACUGAUGAUGAGUGAUUACAAGGUGGAGAUGAUAAAUGAUGGGAUGCAGGAGUUCUAUGUAGAUUUCCAUGGGCCUAAUGACAGUCUUUAUCAGGGAGGAGUGUGGAGGAUCAGAGUGGAAUUGCCCGAUGCUUAUCCUUAUAAAUCUCCAUCCAUUGGUUUUACUAACAAGAUUUAUCAUCCGAAUGUCGAUGAAAUGUCUGGUUCUGUUUGUUUGGACGUCAUUAAUCAAACAUGGAGCCCCAUGUUCGAUCUUGUUAAUGUAUUUGAAGUUUUCCUACCUCAACUUCUUCUGUACCCAAACCCCUCGGAUCCCUUGAAUGGGGAGGCUGCAGCUUUGAUGAUGCGUGAUAAACCUGCCUAUGAACAAAAAGUGAAAGAAUACUGUGAAAAAUAUGCAAAGCCUGAGGAUAUUGGGGCUCCAACUGAAGAUGUGUCUAGUGAUGAAGAGCUAUCCGAAGAUGAGUAUGAUUCAAGUGAUGAGGCAGUGGUCGGUAAACCUGACCCGUAGCCAAUUGACCAAUUCAAUUGUCAUGUACAUGAUAUUUUCUCCCUAAAUCUCUGCAAAUUGGUUUAUGCUGUGACUCUGUAAAUAAGUGUAAACUGUAUUAAAAUGUUCUUUUAAGUUAUCUGUAAUUUGGAUGCCUUGAAUACUGAACAUAAGUUAAGAAACAUUUGGGUUAUGUUAAUUGUUAUGUUCGACA